AUGUCGACCUCAGCAAUGACCUCAGAGCUCCAGUCAUCGCUGCGCGAACUCUCCAUUGGUGGAAGACCUGUGAAAGACAUCCCUCGACCCACGGUGACAACCACAUCCAAACUCACAUCCACAUCCAAGAAGAAGAAUAAGAAGAAAGUGGCGCCUGUCGCAGACUCCUGGGAAGAUGAAGCCGACGCUGACACCGACUCCUCGCCGGACCUCGAAUCUCCAGAGUCCACCCUGUCGCCCUCGGUCACCGCAGAGGGACCGUUAGAUCCCCCGCCAACGCCCAUCUCGCCACAGACGUCUCAGCAGUGGGCCAACUCCCCAGAGUAUAUGAGCACGGGUCCAUCAUCGCGGCCUUCAGACUCUCGAUCUCCAUCGCGGAGGCCCGAGAAGCAGACGGCGGUUGCAGGUCGCUUGAUCGCGGGCGCUCUGGGGAUUCGGGCACCCAAGAGGACGGAGGAACAGCGGGCGUAUGACAGAGCGGUCAAGGAGCAGGAGAUAAAACGGCGGAAUCGCGAGCGAGAGGAAGCGGCCAAGGCUAGAGAGGAGGAGGAGCAGGCUAAGGCGGCUGUAUGGAAUCAGUGA